UUUUUAAUUAGUAUAAUUACGAUGACGGAUCUAGUUAAAUUAAAAACUCAACGCGGUAAUAUAAAAUCAUUAAUAACUAGAGCCGCUAACUAUGUCAAUAAAAUAGAUCCGGGGGAUGUUGAUUCAAAGGUGGUUGCCGAAUUAAACAUUAGACUAUCAAAAAUAGAAUCGACUCUAGACAAAUUUGAAUCAAUUCAGGAAGAAAUUGAGACGUUUAGUGAACCACCAGGCGUUAUAGAUGAAAUUGAACGAGAUCAAUUCGAAACAAACUAUUAUUCACUAAUGAGGGACAUUAAGCACUUAAUUUCUUCUUAUGAGUCAUUGCAUCAACAAAAUUCUUCAGAUUCCAAUUCUACAACCUCUUCUAUUGGUUUAAAUCAAGCAUUGCAACAAAUAAAACUUCCUAUUAUAAAUCUGCCAAAGUUUACAGGGAAAUAUGAGGAAUGGGUUGAAUUUCGAGAUUGCUUUAAGGCUUUAAUAAACGAUAACGCGGGCAUAUCAUCAAUUCAAAAAUUUUAUUACUUAAGGUCAUGUUUACAAAAAGAUGCAUUACAUAUCAUUGAAUCAAUGCAAAUAACCGCGGAAAACUAUGAAAUCGCAUGGAAAAUGCUUAGUGAAAGGUAUGAACAAAAAGAGUUAAUAAUUUACAGUCAUCUUCGAUCAAUUUUUGAAUAUCCUUCCUUAACAAAGGAAUCUCAUGUCGAUUUAAGGAAUAUGUUCGAUACUUUCACAAAGAAUUUACGUUGUUUAAAAACCUUAGGGCAACCGGUAGAUACUUGGGAUACAUUAAUAAUUUACAUGUUGACAUCAAAACUAGAUCAAUCGACACGACGAGAAUGGGAAUUGUUUGAAAAGGAAGGUGAAAUUCCGUCAAUUAAAGAUGUAAACAAAUUUUUAAAACAGCGUUGUGAGGUAUUAGAAAAAAUUUGCGUAAAUCAAACAGAAAAACCCAGUUUUGAAAAGAAGUUAAAGGUAAAGGCGCAUAGUUAUGUGUCUAACAUUCCAACCAGUGAGUCAUCUAGUUCUAAUCCCUCAAUUUCAGCUAUUUGUUACCUGUGCAAAAAGGGGCAUACUAUAUUUCAAUGCAAUUCAUUUGUUAAAAGCACACCGAAAGAGAGGAUUAACUUGGUGAAGGCCAACCGUCUUUGUUACAAUUGUUUACGGCCCAAUCACGGGGUACAAACCUGCACGGCGUCCGGUUGUCGUAAAUGUAACCGACGUCAUAAUACUUUGCUACAUUUAGACAAUACGAAUAUUUCAAGUAAUUUUUCUGGUCGUACUCAAAACGAAAGCGGUGCAAAUGGUAGUGAUCCUUCUGGUAACAAUAACAUUUCAACAAGGACAAUUGACAAUAAUUUACUAUCAAAUCAAGUAAGCGUUUUGCAUACCAGCGAUAACAUUGUGUUCCAAUCUCAAGUUCUAUUAUCAACGGCAUUAGUUAAUGUCCAAGAUUCUUUCGGUAAUUUCCAUCAAUGUCGCGCACUUCUUGACAGCGGUUCCAUGAGCAAUUUCAUUACAGAAGGGCUAUCCAAUAAAUUAGGUUUACCAUUUAAUAAAACAAAUUUUGCAAUUUCCGGAGUUGGUCAAUCAAAUACUACUGUUCAAUCAUAUGUAAAUGUAAAAUUUUUCUCUCUGAACAGAACCUACAGUAACACAAUUUCGUGCUUGGUAUUGAGAAAAAUUACCAAUGACUUACCCAUAAUUACUUUUAAUAAAAAUGAUUUAAAAAUUCCACAGAAUUUAAAUUUAGCGGAUCCUAAUUUUCAUAAGACUGGACCAAUCGAUCUUUUGUUGGGCUCAGUAAUAUUCUGGCAGUUAAUGUGCGUGGGACAGGUACAAUUAUGCGCGGUAACUAUACAAAAAACACGAUUAGGAUGGGUGUUAGGUGGAAAAUUAGGCAACGCAGAGGAUUCCAUGCAAUCGAUUAGUUGUUGUGCAGUCCAGAGUCCCAAUAAUGAAUCACUCGAUAAAACACUAACGAAAUUUUGGACAGUCGAAGAAAUUAACACUAAGCCCAAAUUUUCCGAAGCAGAACAAUUUUGUGAAGCCCAUUUUGUCAAAAAUUUAAAACGUAGCAGCGAUAACAGAUUUAUUGUAAAAAUUCCACUAAAAAACAAUUUUAGCGAUUUAGGAAACUCAAGAGAGCUUGCAUUAAGUAGAUUUUACUCAUUAGAGCGUAGAUUAAUGAAAAAUGAACGAUUACGAUUAGAUUAUCUCAAAUUUAUGGACGAAUAUAAAGCCUUAGGUCACAUGACAGAGAUUACAAAUGACGAUGACAAUAAAAUUAGCUAUUGGUUACCACAUCAUGCAGUUAUUCGCGAGUCUAGCCUUACCACUAAGCUUCGGGUGGUAUUCGAUGCGAGCAUGAAAACCGACAGCGGUUUAAGUUUAAAUGAUGUGCAAUUUGUAGGUCCGACAAUCCAAAAUGAGCUUUUUUCAAUAGUGUUACGAUUCAGAAAAUACAAAUAUGUGAUGACAGCUGACGUAUCCAAAAUAUCCCGAGGAAGAACUGAAAUGCUACCAGUUGAAUACAGUCACCUAUGGAACAGCGUCAGCUCCAUAUCUUGCUGUACGUUGUCUACAUCAGAUAGCACUAGAAAAUCAAUCUAAAUUUCCUGUAGCAAGUAGCGUAAUAAAAAGAGAUUUUUACAUGGACGACCUUUUAACUGGAAGCGAUUCAGAAUGCGAAAUGUUGCAAUUACAAAACGAUAUAACAAAAAUUCUAUCCUCCGGGGGGUUUGACCUACGAAAAUGGCGUUCAAAUAACGAACAAUUAAGUAGACAAUUUUAUAGUAAUGAAAAUUUAGAUGCAAGUAUACUCCAAAUCGGUGAUAACAAUAUGAACAAGGUACUAGGCUUAAUUUGGAAUGCAGAGCAGGAUUUAAUUCAAUACAGCAUUUUCGAUUAUUCUGCCAAUCAUGUAAUUUCAAAACGCACAGUAUUAUCUAUAAUUUCACAAAUUUAUGAUCCUCUUGGACUUUUAGGACCAGUAAUAAUAACAGCCAAAAUAUUAAUACAAAAAUUAUGGCAGGCCAACCUUUCCUGGGACGAGGCAAUUCCUCAAAAUGUAUAUACAAUAUGGGUCAAGUUUAGGAGUAAGUUACAUAAGUUACGAUCGAUAAGGAUUCCCCGAUGUGUUUUAAUUCCAAACUAUAAUUAUGUUGAGUUGCAUGUAUUUAGCGAUGCCAGUGAGAGAGCCUUUGGUGCUUGCGCUUAUUUACGUAGUAAGGAUAGUUCAAAUCAAAUUUUGUCCAGAUUGUUAACAGCAAAAUCACGCGUAGCACCACUUAAACAAAUAACUCUUCCGAGGCUAGAACUAUGCGGAGCUUUAUUAGCGGCACAAUUAACCGAAAGAGUAAAAACUGAUAUGGAUUUAAAAAUUGAUAAUGUGUAUUAUUGGACGGACUCUGAGGUAACACUCUGUUGGAUUCAAGGGUCCCCAAAUAGGUGGAAAACGUUUGUAGCAAAUAGGGUUAGCGAAAUUCAAGGGUUAACUAACGUAAAUCAGUGGCGUCAUGUUGCCUCUAAAGACAAUCCAGCCGAUUUAAUCUCACGCGGGAUAAAUAUUGAAGAACUGGAAAGUUGUACACUUUGGUGGUCAGGGCCAAUAUGGUUACGCGAGGAGAUACAUUUUCAAACAAUGAAGCGAAAUGUAACUAUUGAUAAUAUUCCAGAACAACGAGUGAUAAUCCAUUUAGCAACUUACGAUAACUUUAUUGCCUUUGAAAGAUUUUCUUCGAUUACAAGACUGCAAAGAUCAUUCUCGUAUGAAUUUAACGUGUGACGAACUUAAAGAUUCUUUAAAAUGGCUCGUUAAAUUCGCUCAAAGGGAAGCCUUUCCCCAAGACUACGACCAAUUAUUAACGAAAGGGCACUUGCACAAAAAGAGUCAACUAUUGAGUUUAAAUCCAUUUACAGAUGAAAACAAAAUAAUCCGUGUAGGGGGUAGGAUACAGAUGUCAAAUUGCGAUCACGAUAAAAAACACCCUAUUAUCUUACCUCAAAAGCAUAAAUUAACAAUUCUACUAUUACAGCAGCUACACGUGAAGUUAUUGCAUUGCGGUCCAACAAUGUUGCUCGCGUCAAUUCGAGAACAAUUUUGGCCAAUAGGUGGACGUAAUUUAUGCCGUUCCGUGGUGCAUAAAUGCGUAAAAUGUUUCAGAGCAAAUCCUCCCAACUUGGCUAACAAUAUCAUGGGUAAUUUGCCUUCCUAUCGAAUCACUCAAUAUUUCCCAUUUAUUAAUAGUGGAUGCGAUUUCAUAGGACCCUUUCAAUUACGCGACAGAAGCACUAGAUCUGCAAGGGGUGCUAAAUUGAUUAAAGGAUAUGUGUGCUUGUUUAUAUGUAUGUCCACGAAGGCAAUACACCUUGAAGCAGUCUCUGAUUUAACGACAGAUUGUUUUAUUGCGACUUUGAAAAGAUUUAUUGGUAGGAGGGGUAAACCGGCUAACAUAUAUUGCGAUAAUGGCACCAAUUUUGUUGGGGCAAGUGGCGAAUUAAAAAGAAUUGAUGAAUUUUUGAAAAAUGAGUCUGAUUUCUGCCACAAUUAUUUGGUAACUGAAAAUAUUGCGUGGCAUUUUAUUCCGGCAAGGUCACCUCAUUUUGGGGGUAUUUGGAAGGCAAAUGUAAAAAGAACAAAGUACCAUUUAAAACGUGUCAUGGGAGAGUCCCAUCUAAAUUUUGAACAGUUUGCUACUGUACUUAUUCAAAUUGAAGCGAUCCUUAACUCCAGACCCCUAUGCCCUCUUUCUUCCACACCUGAUGAAUUAAUUCCAUUGACACCCGCUCACUUCCUGUUGGGACGUACAUUAACUUCGCUACCCGAAAGGAGUUAUAUGAACAUUAAGGAGAACAGGCUAAAACAUUUCGAGCGGCUACAAAAAAUUGUGCAGCACUUCUGGACACGUUGGCACCGUGAAUAUCUUGGUGAGCUUCAGACCAGAAGCAAAUGGAAGCAGAGUGCUCAACAAAAACUAAACGUUGGGACCAUCGUGCUUCUUAAAGAAGAAAAUACACCACCAUUACAAUGGCACAUGGGACGUAUCACCGAGCUCCACCCAGGCACCGACAACAUUGUGCGUGCAGUCUCUGUGUUAGUGAACAAAAGAAUAGUAAAACGUGCAGUGACGAAAUUAUGUAUUUUCCCAAAUGAAAAUGACAAUCCUGCAAAUACUUUGUAAAUAUUUAUGCAUGGAUUUUUUUUGUAAAUUACGAAAGACAGGUAGACUAUAAUAUUAUUAUCAUUGUAUUUAUGUUCUAAGUAUUUGUUUAUUUGUUCUAUCUUAUGUAUUUUGAAAAUGUAUUUACAUUGUUCAAGGCGGCCGGUAUGUUACGGCCAUGAUUAGUGGAGGGAGAAGUUAAGGCCUAACCGGUUGCCACCCUAAAGAAAUUAUUAUUCACUUCGAGUAGUAUUAAGCGUUUGGUUGAAGUAGUAUGUAGUAAAUCAAUAAACAGUUGUAGUUCAA